CUUGGGCUAGCUGGCUGGGGGCUGCAGAGGUAACUCCGGGUGCUGAUCCAGGUGCUGGUGACCGUAGGAGAAGGCUAACGCUUCCUUACUAUAGCCCAAAGGAGCUGGGAAUCCCUGAUGCCUCUAAUAAACUAGGACGGGCACCAGAAGGAGAAGGAAAAUGACUGCUGGUUCAGUGUGUGUCCCUCAGAUAAUACCACUCCGAGUACCUCAACCUGGAAAAGCCAAGCAUGAAAUUGAUAACAAUACACUUUUGGAAAUGAAAUCAGACACCCCAGAUGUCAGUAUAUAUUAUACCCUGGAUGGCAGCAAACCUGAAUUUCUAAAGAGAAUUGGUUAUGGUGAAAAUAACACCUUUAAGUAUACGAAACCUAUUACUUUGCCUGAUGGAAAAGUGCAAGUGAAAGCUAUUGCAGUCUCUAAAGACUGCAGAAAGAGUGGUAUUGUAACAAAGGUGUUUCAAGUGGACUAUGAAGCACCAAAUACAGUCUCUUUGGAAGAUAAAGGGGAAAAUAUUUUCAGAGAUUCUUCAAAGCAGGAACUGAGAAAUGGAUUUGUUGAGCCAAAACUAAGAAAAAAAUGUAAAAAUGCUGAAAAUAAACUGGGUUGGAAAGUUAACCUUAGAAAUUUUUCAGACCUUGAAACAGGUGAAAGAACUGACCCUAAAACUUUGAAAGAUCUUCGAUUUUCAGUGAGUCCACUGGAAACCUCAACUUACCGUGAAGAGUCAAGUUCCAGGCCACCUACCCACCAGUCCCAGUUCCCUAGCUUUGCACAUAUAAUUGGCCAGAAAAGUUUGACAAGUACGGAAAUCAUGAGAAUACAAAAGGAGACAGACUUUCUCAAGUGUGCCCACUGCCUUGCUCCACGUCCAUCGGAUCCUUUUGCUCGAUUCUGUCAAGAAUGUGGCUCUCCCGUUCCGCCCAUAUUUGGCUGUCGUCUCCCACCCCCAGAAGGAGCUCAGAUGGGCAUAUGUGCAGAGUGUGGAAGCCUGGUGCCCAUGAACACUUCCAUCUGUGUGGUGUGUGAAGCCCCUCUAGCGCUACAACUGCGGCCACAGGCCAGCCUCUACUUGAAGGAGAAAGUAAUCUGCCAUGCCUGUGGUACAGGGAAUCCUGCUUACCUGAGACACUGUGUCACCUGUGAGAGGGCCCUGCCUUCAUCACGACAGUCCAUGUACAGGGGAGAUAAGGCCCCUUCUCCACUCACUCAGAAUGGGGAGACCAUUUCCUGCUCCAAAUGUGGUCGUCAGAAUCACCGGGAAGCUUGCUUCUGUGACUGGUGUGGAGCCAAGCCAGGAGCUCUUGCUUGCUGCACUGUUUGCCCUAAAUGUGGGGCCAGCAAUUACCCGACUGCCCAGUUCUGUGGUUGCUGUGGUAUUUAUUUGAAGCCCUUGGCAAAGCGUAGCCUGGACAACAGCCUGACUCUAGCUGCUGGAGAACUGGGCCCUUUUGGUCAGCCCCAAUCUGCUUGGCAGUCCCCAAGUGUCCUUUUGCCUAAAUCUGAUGCUGGGACUAAGAAAGACACAGGUACACAGACCACUGGCCUUUUCUACCCAUCUGGCAAGCUGCUAGCAAAAAAGGAACUGGAUAUGGCUUCUCAGAAGCAGAGGCAGGAGAAAAUGAGUGACCAUAAACAUCUUCUUACAGCUGUCAGCCCAGGAAGAGGGUACUGGAGAAAACAGUUGGAUCACAUAUCAGCCCACCUGAGGUCUUAUGCUCAGAACAACCCUGAAUUUCGGGCCUUGAUAGCAGAACCCAGGAUGGGAAAGCUCAUCUCUGCUACUGUCCAUCAGGAUGGUUAUGAAGUUAGUCUCAGGCUGAAUUAUAUUCAAGUUUCAAACAAGAACCUGUACCUCAACAAAUUGGCACAUUUCAGCAACCACUUUCUGAGCAGUGUGACCGAGGGUGGUGAUGGCUUGUUUGGUAGCAGAUCCAGCUUGGUGAGUGACUACAGCCAGAGUACAUCAGAAGGCACUGAAAAAGUCAAGAGGACAAAGAAUGUCAAGACCAAAAACUUUCAAGAAAAGAAGGAGCAGCUUAUAAUACCUGAGAACAGACUCCUGCUGAAGGAAGUUGGGCCGCUCGGGGAAGGGAGAGUCUCUGUGAUUGAACAGCUUCUUGAUGAAGGAGCAGAUCCCAACUGUAGUGAUGAUGAAGAUCGGCCAGUGAUAGUGGUGGCAGUUGUGAAUAAGCACCAUGAAGCAAUUCCAGUUCUUGUGCAGAGAGGAGCAGAUAUUGACCAGAAGUGGGGACCGCUCCAAAAUACAGCUCUUCAUGAAGCAGCACAUCUUGGCUUGGCAGGAAGGGAGUGCAUUGCUGCUUUACUACGAUGCAAUGCAAGCAUCCAAAAAACAAACACAAGAGGUCAGACAGCAUACGACUUGGCUCUGAAGAUUGGGGAUGGGCUCAUCACCUCGCUCUUUGCUGCCAAGCUCAGCCUGGAUGACUGUUAGAAUCAAAGGCCUCUGCAGGGCUUCACUGAAAAAAACACCCCCUUCCUUUUCCCCCUCCCCAGCUCUGGCCAUUCUGUAUUCAUAUCUCUCUCUCUCACCUUUCUUUUUAAAACUUUAUUUAUUUGGAUAAAAACAGAAAGAAAUUGAGAGGGAAGGAGGAGCUAGGAGAGGGAAAGAGAGACACCUGCAGCACUGCUCCACUGCUUGUGAAGCUUCCUCCCCCUGUAGGUGGGGAGCAGAGUGUUCAAACCUUGGUCCUU